AUGGCGUCCCCCUCCCGGCAGGCGUCCCCUGGGGGCUCGGGGCUCCUGCGAGGGACCCGGGCCCGCUCUUACGGCAGCCUGGUGCAGUCGGCCUGCUCCCCGGUGCGUGAGCGGCGCGUGGAGCACCCGCUGGAGCCCGGGGACACCCUGGCCGGCCUGGCGCUCAAGUACGGGGUGACGAUGGAACAAAUUAAGCGUGCUAACCGUCUUUAUACUAAUGACUCCAUCUUCCUCAAGAAAACUCUCUAUAUUCCCAUUCUGACUGAGCCUCGAGGAUUAUUCAAUGGGCUAGAUUCUGAGGAGGAAGAAGACAGAGAGGAAGAAAUGCCAUCAAGUCAAGGUGGAGCUGAAUCCCCCUCAGUUUUGAGGAAAAAAGAGGAAAAAGCCAGCAGUGGCCAGGACCUCCCCAUACCCAGCCAUGACCUCUCUGCCUCUGACUUCCUCAAGAAGAUUGACUCACAGAUCAGUCUGUCCAAGAAAGCUGCUGUCAAGAAACUGAAGAAAGGUGAAAGUGGGGUACCUGGGGAGGAUCUGCACCCUCACUUGGCUUCUCCCCGAAAGCAGCAACGGGCAGUACUGGGCCCUGUACCCCUGACUCGAACCACAAGGACAGCCACAUUACGGGACCAGGAAGAUGAAAUCUUUAAACUCUGAUACCCCCAAAAUGUUGGGAAGAGAGAAGCAGUAGAGGAGAACCUGUGUGAUGGAGAGUUCAACCUGGGGUGAAGGUUGAGAAUUCAGUGUCUCAGCCCAUCUCCUUUUGACUUUCCUCCCCUUCCACUCCUCCACCGGGCCUAACCUUCUCGUCCAUGUCAGGGACGAUAGGGGUAUGGAAAGAAUUGUAGAGAGGUAUGGAAGGGUUGUCAUUAGAUCCUUUCCAAAUUCCUUUGGCUGGAUCUAGAUGUCUUUUAGAUUCAGAGGGCGCUUUAUCUCCCUUUCCUUCCUCUCUUUCAUUCCUAUCACAAUUCCUUGGCCUUACCAUAGGGUGGAGGGAUCUCCAGAACCUAUCCUCCCAUUCCCUCUCACCCUUUUCUCUUAAAUUAUUUGGUGCUAUGUUGGAAUCCUAUUUAUUGGCUAUUCCUAGCAAAAGAUGAGAGUCCUCCUAGCUCUUAGGGUGGUAGCUAAGGAAUGGUCAGCCAUAAUGGCUGUUCCCAUAGCCCCCUCAAUCUAGUGAGCCCUGGGGACUGUCAGGUACAUCAGAGUCCCAACCCCUGCCUUGUGGCAUUGAGGUACUGAACUAGCUUCCCUGGAUGCUGUACCAACUUUCUUCUCCAAAUCAGGAAGCAAAAUGCUGGACUUAACCUUGACCCAACUGGUCCUGCUUUCUUUCAGUGACUCAGGAGUUUCUUCAAGAGUUUGAUCUUCCUUUCCUUCCCUUCCAUUUUUCUGCUCUGUUCCUCUGAGCUUUUUAUUGGAGUGGAUAAAGGGAUGGGAGGAGUGACCCUCUAAAUGGGUAGUCAGUUUGAGAUUUAAAGAGUAGGACUGACUAUCUGUGUACUGCAUGCACAUGUGUGCCCCCUUUCUCCCCAUAUUGAACCUGAGCAUUGGAGGAAGGUUCCUCUGUUACCUCCAUGGCCUCCUGGUUCCUUUAUUUUUCUCCAUUCCGUAUUUAUUUGUGAUUUGUAGCACCAGCUUGAGGUGUAAUUCCGUGUCUCUGAAGAGAAAACAGCAGGUUAGGGAGACUCUUUGAGGCUAAGAGUCUGCCAUAUUUUAUUUAAUGUUGAAUGUGGAGGAAAGUGAAUGUGUUUUCCCAUUCCCUUCUCCCUUUGUUGAUAGUAAGUUAUUAGAAACCGCAGAGAUUAAACAUAGAGCCCUGUA